CCUGCGCUGCAAAGCAGUCGCGGCAUUUCCCACCCACCCCCCUUUCAGAAAUUAGGCAACUCAUUUCAUUUCUAUUCUUUCUUCCCCCCGUCGGGCAGUUCAUCUGGAAUUAACAGCUCUUUCACAUUAUUUUUCUUCCUUUUUCUUUUUUUUUUUUUUUUUCCCCCUUUGCAGAGCUUUUUUUUUAAAUUUUAUUUUAUUGUUUUUCUUCUCCUUUCUGCAAAGCUGCAACAGCUCUGCUUUGAAAACUGCUGCCCCAGAGUGCAGUUGCUUAGCUGUCCUGUCAGCAUUGUUCUAAUGCUCAUUCCAUAUGUAUGUCACAUAGGAGCAGUACCCUCCUCCUCCUCCUCCUCCUCCUCUCUCCCUUCCCCCAAUCCAUGCAUUUGAAUUUUUUUUUCUUCCUAAAGACUGAUUUUUUUUUCCCAAGGAGCUUGCAAACAGGGAAAUUCAAACUGCACGAUCCUGUGCCGUGGUUAGUUCUGCAGCCAGGACCAGAUUUCUCUUACAAAAAGUGUUUGCUCUGUUCCUUCUUUCCCUUGCUCCCUCUUUUUCUUCUCUGUAAGCACAAAGGCUUUUAAACCCUAAGAUCUGUAGUUCUUUUUGCUUUUUCUUGUUACCGUGACAGCAUGUAUCUCUGUUGCUGAAGAAUGAAGCAGGCAGGCUGGAGUUUUUUAUGUUCAGUGCUUUUGGGACCACUAAGGAGCAGUCCGCAGAGAAAUAUGUACAGCAACUGUGCCAACUGAGUUUCUCGUGCCUGUUAUCUGUCACUUAUUCUGACUAAAAGUGUGAAAGGAUGAUGUGAUGGAGAUAAACAUGGGCCGCUGGUCAGGCACUCGGCCCCCUCCGCCUUGCCUUGCCCUUCUGCUUGCCGAGCUCCUGGCCACACUCUUCCAGGUAGCACACGGAGCCGCCCCGCUUGGCUUUCACUUCACACACUCCACUUACAAUGCAACUGUGUACGAGAAUUCGGCAGCCAGGACCUACGUCAACAGUCAAACGAGAAUGGGCAUUACCUUGUCCGACCUUUCUUGGGAUAUCAAGUACAGGAUAGUGUCUGGUGAUGAUGAGGGCUUUUUUAAAGCAGAGGAAGUUGUCAUUGCUGACUUUUGCUUCCUGAGAAUAAGGACUAAAGGUGGAAAUUCUGCUAUAUUAAACAGAGAAAUCCAGGACAACUAUUUAUUGAUAGUGAAAGGGUCUGUCAGAGGAGAGGACUUGGAAGCGUGGACGAAAGUGAACAUCCAGGUUUUGGAUAUGAAUGACUUAAGACCUUUGUUUUCACCAACCACCUAUUCUGUCACAAUAGCAGAAAGCACUCCACUAAGGACUAGCAUUGCUCAGGUGACUGCAACAGAUGCGGAUAUUGGGUCAAAUGGCGAAUUUUAUUAUUAUUUCAAAAGCAAAGUUGAUCUCUUCUCAGUACAUCCUACAAGUGGCGUUAUCUCCUUAAGUGGCCGGUUAAACUAUGAUGAAAAAAACAGGUACGAUCUUGAGAUUUUGGCUGUGGACCGUGGGAUGAAGCUUUAUGGAAAUAACGGUGUAAGCAGUACAGCUAAGCUUUAUGUUCACAUUGAACGUAUAAAUGAACACGCUCCAACAAUAAGUGUAGUAACGCAUAUUCCCUUCCCAUCAGACAAGGAGCCUACCUAUGCAGUUGUUAACAUCGAUGAUCUAGAUGAAGGAGCCAAUGGAGAAAUUGAAUCUGUUUCAAUUGUGGCUGGAGAUCCGCUAGAGCAGUUCUUUCUGAUUAAAGAAGGCAAAUGGAUGAAUGAGUACAAAAUCAAAGAGAGAAAGCCUAUUGACUGGGACAGCUUCCCUUAUGGUUACAAUCUGACUCUCCAAGCAAAAGACAAAGGGUCUCCUCAGAAAUUUUCUGCAGUCAAACUGGUCCACAUUGCUAGUCCCAAGAAAGAAACUAUCCCCUUGAAGUUUGAAAAGGAAGCAUAUGAUGUUUCAAUCAGUGAAUUUUCACCUCCAGGUGUGGUGGUUGCAGUCGUUAAGCUGAUGCCUGAGCCCCUGGGUGUGGAAUACAGAAUAUCUCCUGGUGAGGGUGCUGAGAAUUUUAAGAUCAAUCCCAUCACAGGCCUCAUUACUACUGCUCGUUCUUUAAAAAUCAUUGAGAAGGACCUCUAUGAGUUAGAAGUGUGUACCAACAAAGGUGACGACUUGAAAGCACACGUUACUAUCAGGCUAGAAGAUGCCAAUGAUCACACACCGGAAUUCCAGCAGCCUUCAUACAGCUCAUUCGUCAAUGAAAGUGUCCCUGUGGGGUUUAGCGUUUUGGCAGUUUCAGCAGUCGAUAAAGACAGGGGAGAAAAUGGAUACAUAACAUACAGCAUUGCUAGUCUGAACUCACUGCCAUUUAUAAUAAAUCAGUUUACAGGUGUCAUCAGCACAUCUGAAGAACUGGAUUUUGAGUCCUCACCAGAAAGCUACAGGUUCAUAGUGAGGGCUUCUGACUGGGGUUCUCCCUACCGGCAUGAAAGCGAAGUGAAUGUUACCAUAUACAUAGGUAACGUCAAUGAUAACAAGCCCCUCUUUGAAAAAGUGGCAUGCCAGGGAGUGAUUUCAUCUGACUUUCCUGUCGGCGGUCACAUUACUGCUGUUUCUGCUAUAGACAUAGAUGAGUUAGAGCUCGUAAAGUACAAAAUAAUCUCUGGAAAUGAGCUUGGCAUUUUUUAUUUAAAUCCUGAUUCUGGUGUCCUGCAACUUAAAAAAUCUCUUAUUAAUUCUGGCAUAAAGAACAGCAACUUUGGCCUUAAGAUAACAGCCACUGAUGGAGAGAACUUUGCUGAUGCUAUGUUUGUUAAUAUUUCAGUAGUUCAUGGGAAAGUAUCGUCAAAGACAUUUAGCUGUAGAGAGACAAGAGUUGCACAAAGGCUGGCAGAAAAAUUGCUCAAAAAGGCAAAAGCAAACGUGAAGUUGAAUUUAGAAGACGGUUUUCUCGAUUAUUAUUCGGUGAACAGGCAGGCACCGCAUUUUGACAAAACCUUCCCAACUGAUGUGAUGGUUUCCGAGGAUCUGCCAGUUGGUGCCACCAUCCUGAGGAUAAAAGCCUAUGAUGCAGACUCAGGCUUUAAUGGAAGGGUAGUUUAUACAAUUUCUGAUGGUAAUGCAGAUAGUCGUUUCAACAUUGACAUAGAGACAGGGGUACUAAAAGUUCUUAUGCCGUUGGACCGUGAAAAAACAGAUCUCUAUAUCCUUAAUAUUACAAUUUAUGAUUUAGGUAACCCACAGAAAUCUGCGUGGAGACUGUUGACUGUCACUGUAGGGGAUGCAAAUGAUAACAAGCCUAUUUUUUUACAAGACAGUUACUCAGUUAACAUUUUAGAAAGUACAGGUAUUAGUACAGAAAUUAUACAAGUAGAAGCCAGAGACAAAGACCUUGGGUCCAACGGGGAAGUGACUUACUCAGUUCUGACAGACACCCAGCAGUUUGCCAUCAACAGUUCUACGGGAGUGGUGUAUGUGGCUGAUCAACUAGAUCGGGAAACAAAAGCAAAUUACACCCUAAAAAUUGAGGCUAGGGAUAAAGCAGAGAGCGGCCAUCAGCAGUUUUCUGUUGUGCCUCUGAAGGUGUUUUUGGAUGAUGUCAAUGAUUGUUCUCCAGCCUUCAUCCCAUCCAGUUACAAUGUGAAGGUGCUUGAGGACCUGCCAGUUGGCACUGUCAUAGCUUGGUUGGAAACCCACGAUCCGGAUCUCGGCUUGGGAGGUCAGGUCCGAUACUCACUGGUGAAUGAUUACAACGGGCGUUUUGAGAUAGACAAAGCCAGUGGUGCUAUCCGUUUGAGCAAAGAGCUGGAUUAUGAAAAGCAGCAGUUCUACAACCUGACUGUGCGCGCCAAGGACAAGGGACGCCCAGUUUCUCUCUCUUCUGUUUCUUUUGUGGAAGUGGAAGUGGUGGAUGUUAAUGAAAAUCUCUACGCUCCCUAUUUUCCUGACUUUGCUGUCAUUGGAUCUGUAAAGGAAAACUCCCGUAUUGGUACGAGUGUUUUGCAAGUUGUUGCUCGAGAUGAGGACUCUGGAAGGGAUGGAGAGAUCCAGUAUUCUAUCAGGGAUGGCAGUGGACUGGGGAGAUUCAGCAUAGAUGAAGAGACCGGAGUUAUCUACACAGCAGAUGUCCUUGACCGGGAGACAACCAAAUCCUACUGGCUGACAGUGUAUGCCACUGACCACGGGGUUGUCCCGCUCUAUGCUACUAUCGAAGUCUACAUCGAGGUGGAGGAUGUGAAUGACAAUGCCCCACUCACCUCUGAACCCAUCUACUACCCAUCCGUCAUGGAAAACUCGCCAAAGGAUGUAUCUGUCAUUCAGAUCCAAGCCCAGGACCCUGACUCCAGCACUAAUGAAAAACUGGCAUACCGGAUUACAAGUGGAAAUCCCCAGAAUUUCUUUGCAAUCAAUCCCAAAACAGGUCUGAUUACAACAACAUCAAGAAAAUUGGAUCGAGAACAGCAAGCAGAGCAUUUUUUGGAGGUGACCGUCUCAGACGGAGGCACGUCUCCCAAGCAGUCCUCGGUUUGGGUGGUGGUCCAGGUUCUGGAUGAGAAUGACAACAAACCCCAGUUUCCAGAAAAAGUCUACCAGAUCAAGUUGCCAGAGAGGGACCGUAAGAAAAGAGGGGAGCCAAUCUACAGAGCUUUCGCUUUGGACAAAGAUGAAGGCCCUAAUGCAGAAAUCUCAUACAGCAUUGUGGAUGGAAAUGAUGAUGGGAAAUUUUUUAUUGAUCCCAAGACAGGGAUGGUGUCUUCCAGAAAGCAGUUCACAGCAGGGAGCUAUGACAUCUUAACGAUAAAAGCAGUGGACAAUGGCCGGCCCCAAAAAUCUUCGACUGCGCGCCUCCAUAUCGAGUGGAUCAAGAAGCCCACGCCCUCACCUGUGCCCCUGACUUUCGAUGAACCCUUCUACAACUUCACCGUCAUGGAAAGCGACAAAGUGACAGAAAUUGUUGGGGUGGUUUCUGUGCAGCCAUCCAACAUCCCUCUCUGGUUUGACAUUGUGGGUGGCAAGCAUGCUCGAGAGAUGUUCUAUAUUCUACAGACAGCUUGUGGGCAGAACUGUUCAACAGAAGGAGGGAAUUACGAUAGUUCCUUCGACGCGGAGAAGGGAGUGGGCACUAUUGUCAUUGCAAAGCCCUUGGAUGCAGAGCAGCGCUCAAUAUAUAAUAUGACCGUGGAGGUCACCGACGGAACAAACACUGCCACGACCCAGGUCUUUAUCAAAGUGUUGGAUAACAACGAUAAUGGUCCGGAAUUUUCUCAGCCAAGUUAUGAUGUCACCAUCUCAGAGGACAUCCUCCCCGACACUGAAAUUCUGCAGAUUGAAGCUAUAGACAGAGAUGAAAAACAUAAACUGAGCUACACUGUUCACAGCAGCAUUGAUGCAAUCAGCAUGAGAAAAUUCAGAAUUGAUCCCAGUGCUGGGGUGCUCUAUACUGCGGAGAGAUUAGACCAUGAAGCUCAAGAUAAGCACAUCCUUAAUGUCAUGGUCCGAGAUCAAGAAUUCCCUUAUAGAAGAAACCUGGCCAGAGUCAUCAUAAAUGUGGAAGACUCCAAUGACCACAGCCCUUACUUCACCAGCCCACUGUAUGAAGCCUCAGUAUAUGAAUCAGCAGCUGUGGGAUCAGCAGUUUUACAGGUCACAGCUUUAGACAAAGACAAAGGAGAAAAUGCAGAGCUUGUCUACACUAUUGAAGCAGGAAAUACAGGAAACACAUUCAAGAUUGAACCAGUUUUAGGGAUCAUUACAUUACUGAAGGAGCCAGACCUGACUACAAUGGGACAGUUUGUUCUGUCGGUUAAAGUGGCUGAUCAGGGUUCUCCACCCCUGUCUGCAACAGCAAUUGUACGGAUAUCGGUGACAAUGGCAGAUAACUCCCACCCUAAGUUUACCCUAAAAGAAUACCAAGCUGAGGUUAAUGAAAAUGUGGAUAUUGGUACUUCUGUCAUCUCUCUUUCUGCAAUCAGUCAGUCCACAUUAGUUUAUGAGAUUAAAGAUGGGAAUGUGGAUGGAAUCUUCGCUAUAAACCCAUAUUCUGGAGUCAUCACCAGUCAGAAGGCCCUUGAUUAUGAACGUGCUUCCUUCUAUCAACUCAUUGUACAGGCAACGAAUAUGGCAGGGAUGGCAUCAAAUGCCACAGUGAACAUUCAGAUUGUUGAUGAAAAUGAUAACCCUCCAGUUUUUCUCUUCUCUCAGUACUCAGGCAGCAUAAGUGAAGCUGCUCCCAUAAACAGCAUUGUCCGGAGUGCAAAUAACAGUCCCCUUGUGAUUCGUGCCACUGAUGCUGACAGUAACCAGAAUGCCUUGCUUGUCUACCAGAUUGUUGAAUCUACUGCAAAGAAGUAUUUCACGGUAGAUUCCAGCACGGGUGCAAUCAGAACAAUUGCAAAUUUAGAUCACGAAACAAUAGCCCACUUCCACUUCCAUGUUCAUGUUAGAGAUAGUGGAAAUCCCCAGCUUACAGCAGAGAGUCCUGUCGAAGUUACCAUUGAGGUAACUGAUGUCAAUGACAACUCACCAGUCUUCAGUCAAGCAGUGUUUGAGACUGUCUUGCUUCUGCCCACAUAUGUUGGUGUUGAGGUUCUCAAAGUCAAGGCUACAGACCCAGAUUCAGAGAUCCCUCCUGAACUCACAUAUAGUCUAAUUGAAGGCAAUAUGGAUCAUUUUUUGAUUGACUCAAACACAGGCGUACUCACCAUUAGGAACAGUAGCCUCUCCAAAGACCAUUAUAUGCUAAUAGUAAGAGUAUCUGAUGGGAAAUUUUACAGCACUGCUAUGGUGACAGUAAUGGUAAAAGAAGCCAUGGAUAGCGGGCUACAUUUCACACAGAGCUUUUAUUCUACUUCUAUCUCAGAAAACACCACCAACAUCACAAAGAUUGCUGUGGUAAAUGCUGUUGGUAACCGUCUUAAUGAGCCCUUGAAGUACAGCAUAUUGAACCCAGGCAACAAAUUUAAAAUCAAAUCCACCUCAGGAGUCAUUCAGACAACUGGUAUAUCCUUUGAUCGAGAGGAGCAAGAGCUGUAUGAAUUGGUGGUGGAAGCAAGCCGUGAACUGGACCACCUUCGUGUUGCUCGAGUGGUAGUGAGGGUUUACAUUGAGGAUAUAAAUGACAAUGCACCGGUGUUUGUAGGGCUUCCGUACUACGCUGCUGUGCAAGUUGAUGCUGAGCCUGGUACCCUGAUAUAUCGAGUGACGGCUAUUGAUAAAGAUAAGGAUGAAAAUGGUGACGUGUCAUAUCUUCUGAAGGAAGACUAUGGACAUUUUGAAAUAGAUAGGGGAACUGGUAGCGUCACUCUAAAAGAAGCUUUCAAUUCUGACUUAUCUAAUAUAGAGUAUUUGGUUGUAAUUCUUGCAAAAGAUGGUGGCAACCCAUCACUGUCUGCUUCAGUAGAGCUCCCCAUUACUAUUGUUAACAAAGCUAUGCCUGUGUUUGACAAGCCCUUCUACACAGCCUCUGUGAAUGAAGACGUAGAAAUCCACACACCAAUUUUAAGCAUAAAUGCAACCAGUCCAGAAGGCCAGGGUAUCAUUUAUAUCAUUGUUGAAGGAGAUCCUUAUAACCAGUUUAAUAUUGAUUUUGAUACUGGGGUUCUAAGUGUCAUCAGCCCAUUGGACUAUGAAAUAAAUUCUCUUUUCAAGCUGAUGGUGCGAGCCAGCGAUGCCCUCACUGGUGCUCGAGCUGAAGUCACUGUGGACUUGGUCAUUAAUGACGUCAACGAUAAUCCUCCAGUUUUUGAUCAGUCAGCUUACAAUGCUACUCUGUCUGAAGCAUCUUUGAUUGGGACUCCUGUAUUGCAGGUUGUUGCUACUGAUGCUGACUCUGACAAUAACAAAAUUGUGCAGUAUCAGAUAGUCCAAGACACCUUUAACAGCACGGAUUAUUUCCAUAUAGACAGCACAAGUGGCUUAAUUCUGACAGCACGUAUGUUGGAUCAUGAACUCAUACAGCAGUGCAGCUUGAAAGUCAGGGCAACUGAUAAUGGAUUCCCACCACUUAGCAGUGAGGUUCUUGUUAGUAUUUCAAUAACAGAUAUGAAUGAUAACCCUCCUGUUUUUAACCAGCUGAUAUACGAAUCGUAUGUGAGUGAGCUGGCACCUCGGGGUCAUUUUGUGACUUGUGUCCAAGCCUCUGAUGCUGACAGCUCCGAUUUUGACAGACUGGAGUACAGUAUUCUAUCAGGAAAUGAUCGGACCAGUUUCAUUAUGGAUAGCAAGAGUGGUGUAAUCACCCUUUCCAACCAUCGGAAGCAGAGGAUGGAGCCUAUGUACAGCCUAAAUGUCUCUGUCUCAGAUGGGUUGUUCACCAGCACAGCUCAGGUGCAUAUUCAGAUCCUUGGUGCCAACCUCUACAGCCCUGUGUUUUCACAGAGUGUUUAUGUUGCAGAGGUCAGAGAAAAUGCAGCUCCUGGAACUAAAGUGCUCCAUGUGAAGGCCACAGAUGGAGAUUCAGGUGUAUAUGGCCAGAUAAGCUACUCCAUAAUAAACGACUUUGCCAAGGACCGAUUUUUGAUUGAUAGCAACGGGCAGAUCCUGACAACCGAACGCUUAGACCGGGAGAACUUGCUGGAAAGUGAUAUCGGGAUAUUUCUGAGAGCACUUGAUGGAGGUGGCAGGACGACGUUUUGCACUGUGAGAGUGAUAGUAGUGGAUGAGAAUGACAAUGCUCCCCAGUUUAUGACAGUUGAAUACCGAGCAAGUGUCAAAGCGGAUGUUGGGAAGGGUUACCUGGUGACCCAAGUGCAAGCAGUAGAUCCAGAUGAUGGAGCCAAUUCUAGAAUUACCUAUUCUCUGUAUAGUGAGGCCUCAGUUUCAGUAGCUGAUCUGCUUGAAAUAGAUCCAGACAAUGGAUGGAUGGUCACCAAGGGUAGCUUUAACCAACUGAAAAACACAGUUCUAUCAUUCUUUGUCAAAGCAGUUGAUGGUGGCAUUCCCGUGAAGCAUUCUCUCAUCCCUGUCUACAUCCAUGUUUUACCUCCAGAAACUAUUUUGCCGUCCUUUUCCCAACCUCAGUAUUCCUUCACCUUAGCAGAAGACACCCUCAUUGGCAGCACCAUUGACAUUGUGCAUAUUGUGCCUAAUCAGGGGGCUUUGUAUAGCACAGUUAAUGGAGAGCUGACAGAAAACAAUAAAGAUGGUAUAUUUGUCAUUGAACAAGAUACAGGGCUAAUAAAACUGGAUAAGAGACUUGACCAUGAGACAAAUUCUGCUUUUCACUUCAAAGUGGCAGCCACCAUUCAGUUAGACAAAGUAGACAUUGUCCUGACGGUGGAUGUGGAGGUUAAGGUGUUGGAUGUAAAUGAUAACAAGCCUGUGUUUGAAACAGCUAGCUAUGAUGCCAUAAUAAUGGAAGGGAUGCCUAUAGGAACAAAACUUAUGCAAGUUAAAGCAGUUGAUGUAGACUCAAGUGCAAAUGGGCAGGUCACAUAUACACUUGCAGUGGAAUCGGAGCUGGAAAAGAUCACAGAAGCUUUCACCAUUGAUAGCAACAGUGGCUGGAUCAGCACACUGAAGGAUCUGGACCACGAGAAAGAUCCCACUUUCACUUUUGCAGUGGUGGCCUCAGAUCUGGGGGAAACAUUAUCCCUGUCAUCAACCACCUUGGUCUCAGUUGCUGUGACGGACAUAAAUGAUAACGCACCUGUCUUUGAGCACGAGGUGUACAGAGGGUCUGUGAAGGAGAGUGACCCCCCCGGGGAGGUGGUGGCUGUCCUUAGCACAUGGGAUGAAGACACAUCUGAUGUCAACCGGCAGGUCAGCUUCCAUAUUACAGGGGGGAAUCCCAAAGGGAAGUUUGCUCUAGGACUGGUUCAGAAUGAGUGGAAGGUUUACGUAAAAAGGCCACUAGAUCGGGAAGAACAAGACGUUUAUUAUCUGAACAUCACUGCCACAGAUGGCCUCUUUGUAACCCAAGCUGCAGUGGAAGUGACUGUCACUGACGUUAAUGAUAACAGCCCGGUUUGUGAACAGGUUGCAUACACAGCACUGUUUCCUGAAGACAUUCCUUCAAACAAAGUCAUUCUAAAAAUCAGUGCUAAAGAUGCUGACAUUGGGUCCAACGGUGAAAUUCGCUACUCUCUUUACGGUCCUGGGAACAAUAAAUUUUUCUUGGAUCCAGAAAAUGGUGAGCUGAAAUCCUUGGCCCCACUGGACCGAGAGAAAAUCCCUGUGUACAACUUGAUUGCUCGAGCUACAGAUGGUGGUGGCAGGUUUUGCCAGUCAGAAAUCCACCUUAUUUUAGAAGAUGUUAAUGAUAAUCCACCAGUGUUUUCAUCUGAUCACUACACUGCUUGUGUCUAUGAGAAUACAGCCACUAAAGCUUUGCUAACAAGAGUCCAAGCUACUGAUCCCGAUGUUGGUGUGAACAGAAAAGUGACCUAUUCCCUUGCAGACUCUGCAGAUGGUUACUUCUCAGUUGACCGGUCAUCAGGAAUCAUUAUUUUGGAGCAUCCACUUGAUAGAGAGCUUCAGUCUUCCUACAACAUCAGUGUAAAGGCCUCAGAUCAGAGUAUUGUGCUGACCUUGUCCUCAUUUGCUACUGUUACCAUUACAGUGCUAGAUAUUAAUGACAAUCCCCCUGUGUUUGAAAGGAGAGAUUAUCUUGUUACAGUACCUGAAGACACUUCACCUGGCACUGAAGUCCUCUCUGUUUUUGCUACAAGCCAGGACAUUGGCACUAAUGCUGAGAUUACCUAUCUCAUCAGAUCUGGGAACGAGAAGGGAAAGUUCAACAUUAACUCAAAAACAGGAGCCAUUUCCAUUUCUGAAUCUUUGGAUUAUGAAUCGUGUAAGGAUUUCUACUUAGUCGUGGAAGCAAAAGAUGGAGGUACUCCAGCCCUGAGCGCUGUUACGACUGUGAACGUCAACGUGACGGAUGUCAAUGACAACGCACCAAAAUUCAGCCAGGUGGUCUACAGUGCAGUCAUCAGUGAAGAUGCUGCAAUUGGUGAUUCCGUUAUAAUGUUGAUAGCAGAAGAUCUGGACAGUCCUUCCAAUGGCCAAAUUCAUUUUUCCAUAGUGAGUGGUGAUCAAGACAAUGAAUUUUCAGUUGAUCCUGGUUCAGGACUUGUGAAAGUUAAAAAGAAAUUGGAUAGAGAAAGGAUAUCUGGUUAUUCAUUGGUUAUUCAGGCAAGAGACAGUGGAACCCCUCCUCUGUCUUCAUCUGUGACGGUCAACGUGGACAUUUCUGAUGUGAACGAUAACAGCCCUGUGUUUACUCCAGCUAAUUAUACAGCUGUAAUUCAAGAAAAUAAACCAGUGGGCACAAGCAUUUUGCAGCUGGUAGUGACAGACAAAGACUCUUUUCACAAUGGCCCUCCUUUUACCUUCACCAUCCUCACUGGCAAUGAAGAGGAGGAGUUUACACUGGACCCUAACGGUGUCUUGAGAUCUGCAGUCAUCUUCAGACACAUGGUUGCAACCGAAUAUGUGCUCUGCGUGCAGGCCAAAGACUCUGGGAAGCCUCAGCAGGUUUCCCACACCUACGUUCAGGUGAGGGUUAUUGAAGAAAGCAUCCACAAGCCAACUGCCAUUCCACUGGAGAUUUUCAUUGUCACCAUGGAAGAUGAUUUUCCAGGUGGAGUCAUUGGAAAAAUUCACGCCACGGAUCAGGAUGUGUAUGAUGUCCUCACUUACACACUAAAAUCAGAGCAGAAAAGUUUGUUCAAGGUUAAUAAUCACGACGGGAAGAUCAUUGCCCUAGGGGGGCUCGAUAACGGCAAGUACAUCCUCAAUGUGUCUGUCAGUGAUGGCCGCUUCCAGGUCCCCAUUGAUGUUGUGGUCCACGUUGAGCAAUUACUUCAGGAAAUGCUGCAGAACACCGUCACCAUCCGCUUCGAGAACGUUUCUCCAGAAGACUUUGUGGGCCUUCACAUGCAUGGCUUCAGGCGCACCUUGCGGAACGCGGUGCUGUCUCAGAAACAAGACAGCCUGCACAUCAUCAGCAUUCAGCCAGUGGCAGGCAGCAAUCAGCUCGACAUGCUAUUUGCAGUUCAGAUGCACAGCGGCGGUUUCUAUAAGCCUGCCUUUUUGAUUCAGAAGCUUACCAAUGCCAGGAGACACUUGGAAAAUGUGAUUCGUAUUUCUGCUAUCUUGGAGAAGAAUUGCUCUGGACUGGAUUGUCAGGAACAACACUGUGAACAAAGUCUAUCUAUUGAUUCCCAUUCCCUGAUGACCUACAGCACGGCAAGAAUUAGUUUUGUGUGCCCCCGCUUUUACCGGAAUGUGCGCUGCAUGUGCAAUGGAGGACUGUGCCCAGGGUCUAACGAUCCCUGUCUGGAGAAGCCGUGCCCGGGGGACAUGCAGUGUGUGGGGUACGAAGCCAACCGGAGACCUUUCAUCUGCCAGUGCCCGCCAGGGAAGCUUGGCGAAUGCUCAGGCCACACUUCCCUUAGCUUUGCUGGGAAUAGUUACAUUAAAUACCGCGUUUCUGAAAACAGCAAGAAAGAGGAGUUCAAGUUGGCUCUACGUCUGCGAACCCUGCAAAGCAAUGGGAUUAUAAUGUACACCAGAGCGAAUCCCUGUAUAAUUCUGAAGAUUGUUGAUGGCAAACUGUGGUUCCAGUUGGACUGUGGGACGGGCCCAGGGAUCCUGGGAAUUUCUGGCAGGGCUGUCAAUGAUGGCAGCUGGCACUCAGUUUUCCUGGAGCUGAAUCGCAACUUCACGAGCUUGUCCCUGGACGACAGCUAUGUGGAGCGCCGCAAAGCCCCCCUCUAUUUCCAGACCCUCAGCACGGAUAGCUCUGUCUAUUUUGGAGCACAGGUGCAAGUGGAUAACGUCCGCAGCCUGACAGACAAGAGAACCACGCAGGUCUUGAGCGGCUUCCAGGGCUGCCUGGAUUCAGUCGUGCUAAACAACAACGAGCUGCCGCUGCAGAACAAGCGCAGCAGCUUUGCAGAAGUGGUUGGCUUGACGGAGCUGAAACUCGGCUGCGUGCUGUACCCCGACGCGUGCGAACGGCAUCCCUGCCAGAACGGCGGCACCUGUACCAGCGUGCCAUCUGGUGGCUACCAGUGCAAUUGCCUCUCACAGUUUACUGGAAGAAAUUGUGAAUCAGAGAUCACAGCCUGCUUCCCAAAUCCAUGCCGGAAUGGAGGCUCAUGCGAUCCCAUUGGCAAUGCUUUCAUCUGCAACUGCAAAAAUGGUCUGACUGGAGUAACGUGUGAAGAAGACAUCAAUGAGUGCGAAAGAGAAGAAUGUGAAAAUGGUGGUUCCUGUGUGAACGUAUUUGGUUCAUUCCUGUGCAACUGCACGCCUGGCUACGUGGGGCAGUACUGUGGUCUUCGCCCUGUGGUGGUUCCCAAUAUACAAGCGGGGCAUUCCUAUGUCGGCAAGGAAGAGCUGAUAGGAAUAGCUGUGGUUCUGUUUGUCAUAUUUGUGUUGAUCGUCCUUUUUAUAAUUUUCCGCAAGAAAGUGUUCCGGAAGAACUAUUCCCGCAAUAACAUCACGCUGGUACAGGAUCCAGCCACUGCCGCCCUGCUCAACAAGAGCAAUGGCAUCCAGUUCAAGAACAUCAGGAACAGCGGGGACAGCAGGAACAUCUACCAGGAGGUUGGGCCUCCACAGGUCCCUGUGAGGCCGAUGGCCUACACCCCAUGCUUCCAGAGUGACUCACGGAAUAACCUGGACAAGAUAGUGGAUGGGCUUGGCGUGGAGCACCAGGAGAUGACAACAUUUCAUCCCGAGUCCCCCCGGAUCCUGACAGCCAGGCGGGGUGUGGUGGUGUGCAGCGUGGCUCCCAACUUGCCCGCAGUGUCUCCCUGCCGCUCCGACUGUGACUCCAUCAGGAAGAGCACGUGGGAUGCUGGAACCGAAAGUAAAGGGGUUGAUGACGCUGAAGAAGUGACCUGUUUUGCAGGAAGUAAUAAAGGCAGCAACUCUGAAGUGCAGUCCCUCAGCUCCUUCCAGUCUGACUCCGGUGAUGAUAAUGCUUCCAUAGUGACUGUCAUACAGCUUGUCAACAAUGUAGUUGACACUAUAGAAAAUGAAGUGUCUGUCAUGGACCAAGGACAGAACUACAGCAGAGCAUACCAUUGGGAUACCUCAGACUGGAUGCCAAGUGCUCGUUUAUCUGACAUAGAGGAAGUGCCCAAUUUUGAAACGGCGGACGGAGGCUCGGCUCAUCACGGCAGCACCAGAGAGCUGGAGACGGAUUACUAUCUUGGUGGCUACGACAUCGACAGCGACUACCCACCCCCUCACGAAGAGGAGUUUCUGAGCCAGGAUCAGUUACCACCUCCUCUUCCAGAGGAUUACCCAGACCAGUACGAAACCCUCCCGCCCUCACAGCCGGUCUCGAUGGCAAAUACUCUCAGCCCCGACUGCCGGCGACGGCCGCACUUCCACCCCAGCCAAUACCUCCCUCCUCACCAGUUCCCCCAUGAGACAGACACCACAGGGGCUCAGACUGGGAAUGAGUUUAGUACUUUUGCUGUUGGCCCAAGUCAGAACACAGAAAACGUUAGUGCAGGUAAGAUGCCCUUAACCUUGCACAACUCUCUAGAUGCCUCCUCCUCUGACGUCUCAGCCAGCUGCGGCUUUGAUGACUCCGAAGUAGCCAUGAGUGACUUUGAAAGCGUGGAGGAACUCAAACUAGAAAAUGUGCACAUUCCAUUUGUGGAGACCCAGCAUCAGACACAAGUGUAAAAGGAAGCUCCCUUCUUCUUUCUCUUCUUCCUCUUUUUUUUUCUUUUUUUUCUUUUUUUUUGUCAUUUGAUCCAAUUAAUAGUAUAAAUAUUGAGAAGAAAUUUUGCUGAAGGUGUAUCUAUAUAUAUUGGGCAAUGCAAAAACACAGUAUAACCCAUUAUUAACUUGUUCAGAAAUGGUAUUGUAUGUGCAGACAUGAAGAGACCAAUUGUGUUAAGUAUUACACAUUACAAAAUUGUUACAGACAAUCUGGAGAGUGUGUACCUUCUAUUUAUUACAAGAGUAAAACUUAUGAGGAAGGGGAAAAUGAUCUCAUUGCUGAAUAAAUUCUUUUUCUCCCUCCCACCUCCACCUAGGAUUUGGGGUUGUUUUUUUUUUUGUCGUUGUUGUAUUAUUAAAAGUGUUACAGUGUUAUGUUCUUCCUACAGUAUUAAAGAACUGGUAUGGAUGAUUCCAAGAGGCAAUGUUGCAUGAAAUAUUGUCAGUGAAAGAGUGAAAUUGAUCGCUGAGGCUGCUAUGUACAUCACAUCAGAUGGCUUAAAAAACAGCAUUUACAAAUUGACAUAUCGGAGAUGAUAGUCAUUUGUCCAUAAAUAUUUGUCUACGGUUUCCUUUGUUACAUAAUAUUUCAUUCUACUUCAUGCACAUAUACAGCAACGCAUGUACAGCAUAUGUUCCCUCUAAAUCAGCCCACUUUGGUUGCCAUUUUUCAACACGGUGUCAGACGUAUGUGUACAACUUCACCAGUGGGAACUUCUCUUGACUGCUGCAUGACGUGUGAACAUGGAUCUGAAAGCAGUUGGAAACCUAGGGUAUCUGUGUAACACGGAUGUUGGUAUUUUUUUUAAUUCUUUCUUUGGGCAAUUUCUUCUUCAGCAGCAGUCAUCAUGCUGGAAUUAUUGCAGUAAAAUUAGUUGCAAUUAAGUUGCAUAAAACAUUGCUAUCAUCUCAUUGUUAGUUUAACAUCAUUUGGCAAAUGUCCAUCCAUAGUAUUUAUGGGAAGAGCUCUCAGCUGCUGCAAACUGAUCAGUUGGUGGAACUGCACGGAUGGGUCGUGACAAGGAAUCUGACUGUAGAUUUGCUGCUGGAUGUCCGUGUGAUUUCACAGGAUUUGAGAAUUUCCAAAGGUUGUUUGCAGACUGCAGGAUGUCACUGUGGAGUGAAGACAGCGGCAGCAUUACCGUGAUCUUGUGCUUCCCUCAGCCUGGUUGGAGUAAAUGGCCUUUCGCAAUGAUUGGCCUGAACAGCCCAGUGCAACAUGGAAAUGUGGAUUUGCACUCAGUGUGUACAUGCCCAUUGCUCAGUGCUACGAAAAUGUUUAACCACUGCUUUUUACAUCAUCUUUAUACCUGGUACAAUGAAUGUGAGUCUGUAGUCUGCAUUACUGCUGGACGUUCAUCCAUUCCUGCCAUGGCAUCGCUCAGUCAUUUUGAAAAGCUGUUGAAUGCGUGUCCUUGUUAUUAAUGAACAGAUUCAUUAACAGAUUUCUUAUGCCACUUUCCAUAUCCUGCCUCUUGUUCAAACACGUUAAUGGAAUAGUUUCAGCAGUUGUGUUCUCGGAUGUGUUCUUGACUGAGCGGAGUUUCACACAGAAUUAAGUUGUGGGUUUUUUUAUUCACAAAUCACCCCCAGCAAAAAGAAAUCGUUAAUAGAAUAUAAUUGAAGUAAUUACAGCUUGUAACACUUUUAAUAAAACGGGAUUUCUAAAAUUCUUAGAAGCAGGUAUGACAUGCAGUGACUCUUCAUUGGAAAACGGCUUAUUAUACAGGUCUGUGAAUUGAGUGAGCUUUUGGAAGGACCACAUACUGCACGUACAAGUAUUGUCAAGUACUUGUCUGCCAAUAGUUCGUGUCCAUUGAAUUUAUGAAUGUCACUUGGUCUUCUCAAAGUGAACAUGCUUCUGUAGCAGUGUUAUAUUCUGAAUGUGCUCACAGUACAUUUCACCUCUCUUUCCCUCUCAUUUUCAAGAAAAAAUAAUGGAAAUUUGUAUCACAAGAACUGAGGGAUUCUGUGAUUUGCCAAUGAGCUAUGAAGUGGUUUGGCAAGCCUCAAAGCGCAGACAGAGGAUGAUGUGCAUUGCUCAUCAAGUCAGUGUUGCAGAAAAGCAGAUGCAAGAAUUAGAUUGGUAUCUCUUCAAGGUUAGGAACAACUGAGUGAAAAAGCAAAGCUGGAAGUUUAGUUGUCACCAAGUAAUUUUAAAGGUGGCAUAAUGUUUUUGAGAGCUUGGUACUCUUUCAACAUCUGCUUAUAGCUUACAUGAGGUUUUGCUCCUACUCAGUUUUGGUGUGAGACAUUUUUAUCUGUCAUGCAAUUAAUUCUCUUUUAGCCCCCAGUUAUUUAUGAAGUGUUCUUGUCAUCAUUCUUCUGUAGUAAGCCCAAGACACUGAUAUCAAAACUGUGCUGGGACAUAUCAAAAGUGUCCCAAGGGAGAGCACCACAGAAGCUUAGCAGCUGCCAUACAGAAAAGAUCAGUGUUUCUUACCAAGCUUGUUGCCUCAGUAAUAUCUUGUUGGUAGUGAAUUUUACUAGUAAAAUAUGCAUAAAUACAAUGUAUAGUACUUUUUCUGUUUUGAUGUUGUUGCCAUUGCAUUUCACUGAACAUCGACUUAUUAAAGUGCUGUGGGGAAGGUGCCAAGGAUCGGCCAUUCGUCGUUCUCUGUCCCACUCAUGCUUUCUAUACCUCAGUAUCUCCUCCCCUUCGAAUGAAGUACUCCCAACCUGAUUGUUCUAUAUUCAAGCAAAUGCCCCUCUGUGGAUAUUGGUACUUCUGUGGCCUGUCUGGUUCUGUUCUGGCUCUUUUUGAUGGUGAUAAGACCUGAAUGCAGAGAUCAAAGUGAAAUAUUUCUUAGGGAGUAAGACUUUUGCAUUAACAUCUCUCUUGUUAAUCCAAACCGUUUUAUUAUCCUUUUUACUACUGCUCUACAUGGAGAAGCCCUAAAUUUCUGGAAGAUAACAACCCUCCCAAUCUAAUAUAAGAAUUAGUGUUCACCUUGUUCCAUCCAAUAUGUAUUUAUUUUUCUGCCAUAUGCAGCAAAUUUAUGUUGCUACUGUUGUCAUUCCCAGCUCCCUGCUUUUGUUGCAGCUUCCCUUGCCAUCUCUGCUGAUCUGAUUGGCCUUGGUCCUAUCUCUGUAUUUCAGUUUAUGUUCCUGUAGAUGGCUCCACUACACGCUAUCUUCUUUCAGGAUCAGCUAUGAGGAGAGAUUUCAUAAUCUUAAAUGAUUUCUCUAGCGAAGUCUGAAGCAGUGCUGGUUUUCAUGCAUCUGUACCUCAGAAACUCAGCCUGGAUGCAGCACAGGGAAACAAUGCAUGCCACUGAAAUGCUGAUUAAUAGAGAGGCAGUAGCCUGUUUGCUCAGAGCCAGGCAAGUGGUAAGCUUCAAGAAUGUGGCAUAAAAAUUGUUGCUGUUGGCUCAAUUAAACAUUCAUUAUGAAAAGAAAUAUAUCACCGGACAAGUGGCUAAAAACAUGAUUUACUCCUCAUCAAGUUCCUGUUAGAAAAACUAAAGGAAUGCUGUAGUGUGCCCUUAAUAAAUGCAAACGUGGGAGGGUUGAAGGUGCCCUGGACCAGUUUUUCUAAGUUUCAUUUGAAAAGGUAAUGUGAUCAAUAAUGGAGAAAAACAGCUAUUUAGAGCCAGUAGUGAAUGUACAUCUGUGCUCUGUUGGUGUUUUUUGGAGCUAUUAACCGAGUAAUAAUGGACAUUUUAUAGGCUUCCAAAGAGAGAGUUAUAUUUUCAGGUUCAUUCUCUGAUGGUUUACCGCCAUUCAUCAUGUAGUAAAACUGCUUUUUGCCUCUUUCCAUCAAUACUCCAAACUGUGAAUUGAGCCUUAGCAAUUGAGAGUGUUGCUCAUUGUCCAUGGCCAUUAAUCCGUGCUUCAUGAACUUGACAUUUAACAUCUCCAUUACCAGAAGGGGCAUUCAGUUAGUAAAUCAGCUGCAUCAUCCAAGGGAUGGGCGGGUGGGGAAGAAAUGAAAUUAAAUUCAUUUCAUUCUGUAAUAAUAAAAAGCAAUAACUACUAAUGUGUCGUAUUACACAAAGGCCAUAAGUAAUCUUUACCAGUGUUAAGAGUGCAUUUGAACUGUACUAUGGAAAGAGAUCAGAGCCCUCGGAACUGUAGCAUUCUUCUGUCAUAGAAAUACCUGAAUGGCUGUUAUUUAACAAUGCAAUGAGCCCAUACUGCCACUUUUCAGGAGGUGACAAAGAUGUUUAUGAGUGAAAGCAGUUCUCUUUAAAGCACUGUAUCGGAAAAGAUUGUCUUGUAAAUUUUACCUGUUGCAAGCAGGCUGGUUUGUAAAAGAUGUAUGUUUUGGUGUUUAAAAAGAAGUUUAUAAAAUAAUGUAUAUAAUGGUUUCAAAUUACCAGGCUUUUGUAGAUAUUUGAUGCCAAUCAGGUCGCUUUAAUUUUUGUUCCUUUGUUUGUUUGUUUGAUGUCAUUUUGAAGAGUCAUCAAAGUUGGUUUAAACUUUCGAGUAACAGAGAAAAAAAAAAAGUUUUAGAUUUGAACAGUGGUACUUUUUAAUCAUUUCACAAUGUACUGUAACUCUUUGGUUCAGCUCUUUUUGUUAAACUUUUUCUGUUCUUAAGAAGACGUUUUUUAUUGACUUUUUUUAAAUGAAAUGUGUUUUGCACAAAAAUACUCAAGAGAUAUGAAUUCUGUGCCAUUUCAAGUAGGCAUUAAGAGAUGUCAUUUCUCCAACGACAACAAAUUCAACCUUAUGCGAAAGGGAAGGUUUAUCACUUUAGGUGGGUAUAGUCCCUCAUCCAAAAACUAAUUGUUCCUUCAUAAUUGCUGUUGGCAGUAUUGUCUUGUGUUCUUUUGCUAUAAAAACAAAACAAACAAACAAACAAAAAAAAGUGUACAGGUUUGUAACUGCCAAAAUUUGCUAAAGUUGAUGGUUAAAACAAAUUUUCCAAGUAAACAAAAAGAA